AUGCGUUUUACCAACGCUCGCUUCUUGACAAUUUCGCUUACUCUAUACGGGGUCACCUCCGCCAAAAGAUUUCACCUCACCAUUGUCCCGGAAGAUGGAUCAAGCUCUUAUCCAGUUUCAAUAGCCACUGUCUCACGCGGAGCUCUGAUUCUUUCCUCAGCACUUGAGUACAGUAGCCUAUUUACGUUUAACGACACUUCUGGCCGCAUCUUCCAAGCAGAUUCAACCACGACUGGCAAUGGGCCCAUCACAGCCGGCAAUGUUGUGCUCUUUAACUUUUACACGACACUUGAAGGGUCCGCGAUGGAGCGAGUUGCGAUAAGCGACGAAGUGUACUUAGUCAAGAAUGGAACGGCGGCCGAUAAUCAUUAUGUCUGGUGGAGUAUACCAAGCGAAACAGGACUCCCUGUUGGCAUUGAGUACCGAGGAAGCAGCUCUGCGGAUGCGAACGCGGCGCUGAGGGUAGACUUACAGGCCUCUUGA